AUGUCAACCAAAUCCCGAUCCGGAUGCCAAAGUGACUGUGUCUUGAAUCCGGAGCCUCUAUCAGGCGCUGCUUCUGUUAGUGUUCUCAAUAAAGUCAUCGGGUACUAUGAAUCUUGGAUGGCUCAGAAGGGCUGCCAUAAAGUGACUCCUACAGACCUGCCGUUGGAUGCGCCAACGCAUAUAAAUUUCGCGUUUGCAUAUAUAAACACACGCACAUGCAAUAUUCAUACUAUGGAUAGAGGAACACCUUCCAGCCUAUUUCAAGAUGCAACAAAUGUAAAGUCAUUCAAACCCGACAUCAAUGUCUUCAUCAGCGUGGGUGGCUGGACGUUUUUCGACAACAACACCGGAACACAACAUAUUCACGACAACGUUCUCCACUUACUUAAACAGUAUGGAUUUGACGGACUGGACAUUGAUUGGGAAUACCCCGGAGCAGGAGAUCGAGGAGGUAGCCCCGAAGAUACAGCGAAUUAUGUUCUUCUGCUGAAGGCCUUGCAAGAAACUUUAGACGCCAGCGGAAGUAAACUCGGCCUAACUUUCACGGCCCCUUCCUCAUACUGGUAUCUGCGCUGGGUUGACCUUCCAAAUAUGAUCAAAUAUGCAGACUGGAUUAACUUAAUGUCCUAUGAUAUUCACGGCGUGUGGGGCUCAAGAGACACGAUUGGAAGUAUUGUCCAAUCACAUACAUACCUAACGGAGAUCGAACUCGCGGUCGAUCUAUUCUGGCGAGUGAAUAUCCCACCAGAAAAGAUUGUAAUGGGCUUCGGCUUUUACGGGCGCUCUUUUACUCUUGCUUACAAGUUUUGUACAAACCCUGUAUGCCUAUCUAAGGGUGCUUCAAGUCCCGGUCCGUACUCAGAUACUGGUGGUAUUCUGGCAUACUAUGAAAUCAUGGCCGUUCUGAACGGCGCAGGCUCGUACUCUAAACAGUCGAUCAAGAUCACACCUGUCUAUGACCGUGCAGCUGCGGUGAAAUACUUCACUUUUGACAAAGUCCAGUGGUUUUCCUAUGACGAUGGGUCGACCUUUGCGCAAAAGAUCGCGUGGGCGAAUGAAGUUGGACUAGGAGGAGCCAUGAUCUGGGCUUCGGAUCUGGCUGAUGAUAAAUACUCAACUCACGCUGGUCUCACGAACAGAACUAUCAUGUCCAAUCCUACCCUGCAGGGCAUCGACAAAGCUUUGUCAAAGCCUAAGUCCGUCAUCCAGGAUUCAACAAGUUUUAAUGGCCAGAAUUGUGUUGAAUAUGAGGGAAAAUGUGUGAAGCUCAAUGAUAAAGAUGCAAUGGCUAACGCCUGUGGGAGUGGAUACACCGUGGUGGGCUGGGACGAUGCUGGAUGUGGCAAGAAGAACUGUCACUGUGGCAAGCCAGUCUGCUGUCCAACAAGUAGCGCUGCCAAGGACUGCAUAUGGCGUGCUGACAACACUGGCGAUGCGGGCGUAAGCUCAAAUUGGAAUGCGCAGUGUCAGGAUGGGGAGAUCAACAUUGCCGGCAUCCGAUCGUCUUGGGGCGGUGGAUUCGUGAAUGAUGGGGACACAGAUAAUGGAAAGCAUUGUCCAACGGACAGUACUGAGAUUUUUAUUGAAAGAAACACAUGCUGGUCCAAGGGCCAAAAGUACUGCUGUUCGACUCCCGCUGAUCUGGCCGUCUGCCACUGGGUGGGUGGGGCCUCUGGAAAUGACCGUGCCAACGCAAAAUGUGCAUCAACAGAGCUAGCAAUUGAUCGGGCCACGUACGGUGACUUGUCCUCGGGCUGCGACUGGAACAGAAAGAAGGUCGCUUGUUGUGAUGCUCAGAAGGCAGCUCGCGAGCCGGCGACAUGCGGCGCGGAUUUGUGCUCGCUCUUCCUCGGCUGGUGUCCUGACGAUAGCAGCAAUGAAAGCUCUGUUUCCUACCGAAAACGGAGUGAUCUCACAGCAUUUGAUAAACGAAAGCUUCAAAAAAUGGCGUAUCCUAGUGUCGGACAACUCUUUACUGUCGCCAAUGCCGGCCAGGUUGUCCGCUGGGCCGUUCGUCUUAAUCAAAACUACUGCACAAGCAACGCCAUGUCAGUUUCUUCUCUUCCGGCCAGGCUUGUCGCCAAGGCUUUCUACGCCAGUUUGAACUCGGAUCACCUUAUUGAUAGAGAAGUCACCGACUCCUUCAUCAAGGCCGCGCUAUCCGGUUAUUUGUACCGUAUCAUGGAGGCCUUUGGAUCGACCAAAUCUCCCGAACCUUUGCUGGUCACUGCUGCUGGGAUUAACGCCGUCAAGGGGAGGAUCGUGGGGCACAACGCUCCCUUCACCAUUGGUAAAAUCGAAGAAUUAGCCGCAGCGGCAGUAAAAGACGAUAGUGAUGAGGCAGUUAAUAAUCUGCUCACGGCCAUCCGAAACACUUUCGCCCUUUUCGAGUACUUCAUCGGUUUGCAAUGCGCGCAUAUUGAACAUGUAACUGGCAUGACGGAUUUGCAAAAAUGGUGGUGGAUCUGGGCGCCGGAUUUCUUUCAGGUCGUCCAGGAUGAGGCGCAGGGCUGGGCCACUGCGACGAUCCAGGCAGCAGCCAGUGCUUACACGGAAGCUCGCAUGGCAGGUCGCAGUGUCAAGACAAACGACGUGGUGGUUGCGGCCUUGCGUGAAUUCCAGAGCAAAGUCAGUUUGAUGAGAAUGCCGACUAUGAAUGCGGACAAGACUACAAUUACAGACUGAGGC